AACGCACGAAACAAAUUAAGCAGGAAAUAUAAAGUGUUUUGCAGAGGAACUUAAUAAAGCAAUAAAGUUGGCCGUUAAGAGCGUGUGUGGUGCCAACAUGGAUUAUCGUUUACUUGUGAAAAUACUCAGCUUUUUGCUGCUUGCCGAGUUGUCGGCUUCACAGCUUCAACAGCAACAGCAACAACAACUACAACAGCCACUGCAACAACAACAGUCAGCGUCGCAAUCCCAGACAGAUUAUGGCGAGGAGCCACCAGAGGGAUACUACGCCUUUGUGGAGUCACCGAAUGCGGUGCCACCUCGUGUCCGUCCACCGCCCUACACCUUUGUCAAUGCUGACUGCAAGGAUGUCGCCGCUGGCAAGAAGUCGGCCGUGUCCGUUCACAACAUUUGCGGAGAUUUGAACAAGGGACAGAUACCCAAGAAUCCGCUGGGCCAGAAUGUGCUCGGUGAGCCGUAUCCCUUCGAACUUAUACGCAAUCAGACUCUCAAGUUUCUGUCCAAGACGCUGCCUGUGCUGAAGGCGGACGAUACGCUGCCCAAGGUCACACAGAUCAUACGUGACGAGCCGGUGGAUCAGCUGGACAACAACAACAUCGAUCGCCAUUAUGGCUCUCGUGUCACACGCAGUCUGCCCGAUGGCGUGCAGUCCAACGAGUACAGCUACUUCGAUCCCGCCCUGGACGAGGAGGAUCAGCAUCAGCAGAAGCUGCACGAACAGCGACGUGCCGCCGAAGAGCGCAAACCACGCAAGUUCUGCGAUGGCGGCGGAGUCUUCUGCACACUGUACCGUGCUAUACAAGGCGACACCAGUUCCGCAGUGCCCGCUGGUCCGACGGCAGAGCGUCGCGAGGAGGUUGGUCCAAUACGCUAUGAGGGACCACCAACUCCUUGCCCCGCCAAGGUGGAGUAUGCAACACCAGUGUUUGCCAAGAACUACCAGGGUGCCUGGCGCUAUGUGGUGCAGAUUCCCUAUGAGGGUUACUUCACACAGACCGUGGAGGUGACGCGUUGCAUCCAGGCGCGUUGUCAUUAUCUCGACGGUGGAUGUUUGUCCUCGCCACGUUGGGUCAGUCUGUUGGUGGCGGAGAUCUUCUAUCCGAAUGCCGAGGACACUGUGCCAAGCAGCAGCACCACAACGCAGGCGCCUUCGGUGCAGGACUUCCAGGCCUAUCAACAGUAUCUACAGAAGCGUGCGGGCGUGGCCACCGCCUCCGAUGGCACCUCCAGUGCAGUGAAUGCUGGCGGCCAGAGUGCACCAGCUGAUGCCCAUUGCGAUGGUCAUGAUGAGCUGGGUUGCUUCCAGGUGCGGCUCUACUACGACUGGUUCUUGAUACCCGGCUCCUGCAAAUGCUGGCGUCCAGAUUACUUUGCCAAAUACGUGCGCCGAAAGUCAGUCGCCGACUUGUAGAAUAGAAGCAAUCGAGAAUUCUCCUAGUUACACGUAACUCAUAGCAUUUAGAGCGAGGCACAUGUGGCAUGAAAUGCUCAUUCUAGCGAUCCAUUACAAAAUAUAUAACAUAGACGUGGAUUGCGCAGAGUUUGCAUUUCUUGCAACCGACAUGAAUGCAGAUAAAUACAAUUACAAAUACAACUACAACUACAAAUACAUAACAUAUACUUAAAAGUAAGCAAUUAGCUAUCCUUGACUGAAUACCAAGCGCAUUGAAUUUCUACUAAUAAAUAUUUCAACUAUAAUUGAA